AUGGCGACUGACAUCAAGGUUGAGAUGCCAAUGCAUCCAGGCAUGAUGAUGCCUCUGUCUGUGGGCCAUGACAUGGGCCAGUCUGCCCCGAUGCAGCCCCCUAUGAACAUGAACCUCAAGGUUUCUACGCCUAAUCAGUCCUCCUGCGCCGCGCCCAUGCCAACCCCCAACUCCGCCAUCACGACCAAGAGCUCUCAGACUCCUUCGCCGUCGGCAUCCGCAACCAGCCAGAGCGCCUCUUCUUCGAAACGCCCUGCUCGCAAGAGCACGCUGACGCAGCAGCAGAAGAACCAGAAGCGGCAGCGGGCGACUCAAGAUCAGCUGACAACGCUGGAGUUGGAAUUUAACAAGAAUCCCACCCCCAACGCCGAGACACGGAACGCGAUCGCGGAGCAGAUCAACAUGACCGAAAGGUCUGUCCAGAUCUGGUUCCAGAACCGCCGUGCUAAGAUCAAGUUGCUCGCGAAGAAGAGCAUCGAGACUGGCGAGGACAUUGACCUCAUUCCCGAGUCGAUGCGUGCCUAUCUGGCCAUGCAGGCUGCUGAGAGCGGCAAGGGCCUCGGUGGUGCUUUCUACGGCCGCACCGGCCUCAUGGGCUACGGUCCUGGUAUGCUCCUCGGUGGGGAGCACGCUAACCAGGGCAAACUUUGUAUGUUGACUCUUUUUAACGCUACCCCUAUUUUUAACGCGCGACGGUGCUCUAACACUUUCUGUCUCGCUUCAGUGAUCCACCAUCUCACAUGCCGGUCUCUGAGCAUUGGCAAGUGGGUUCGCGUUGGUCAGAACACCAUGGACCUGAUCAUCUUCUACUCUCCCCACAACGGCACUAUGACGUACUACAUCAACAAUGAGAACGCCGGCUACAAGAUCGAGUACCCGUUCUCGUACAUCAAGCAUAUCUACCUGGACCAGGAGGAGGACCCAAACAAGUCCGGCGGUAUCGUCAUCGAGCUGAACCAGCCGCCCACCUUUAUGAUGGACUGCACCCCGAACGGCAGCGGCUUCAGUGUCUGCGGUGACUUCACCGAGAACCAGCAGGCGUCCCAGUGCCUUGUGCAUCAGCUCGGCGGCAACCCCAAGGUUCUGAGUGGCCAGUUGGCCAAGCUCAUCUCGCUCGAGACCUUUAUGACCCGCCACAGCCCUCACAACCCUCACAACAUUGCUGCCGCUGCUGCUGCCGCCGCUGCGUCUGCUGCUGCCACGACGCCCGGUGGCCCUAUUGUUCCCCUCGUCGCCCCCAUCCCGCUGGACGCGGCCGCUCACAACCUGUCCGUCUCGGCACCCGUCUCGCCCACCGGGCGUCCGUCAUCGCAGCCCAACUUCCUGCAGCCCCAUGUGGGCGUGUUCCAGGAGUCGCAAUGGGGCAUCAACGCCAUGCACUCUGCUGGUGGUAUGCGGUCGGGCCCCGGUCACAAACGGCAGCGGUCUCGGUCGGUUCCCAUGGCUAUUGACUUCUCAAUGCUGCAGACCCCGAUGCCGUCGUUCUACAUCCAGCAUCCCGGCGAGACGCAGCCGCAGCCUCACAGCCCCAGCAUUUAUGCGCCCGUGCCGCAGAACCCCAACGGCCUGAGCCCUGCGGGCUCUAACCUGCGGAUCGACACUCAGGCCGGCUUCGGCCUGGACAUGCGCCAGUACCCCAUGUCGGCCACGACAGCGCCCUCGCCUUCCGAGUACGGCUCAAGCCCCAACUUUUUCGCGCCGCCUGGUAGUGACAACGCUGGCCUACCAGCCUCGAGCUACAACACGCCGUACAGCACCACUUUCCUGUCGCCCAUGAUGGGCGCCCAGAGCAUGGUUCCUCCGCCGUCGGUGUCGCCGCUGUCCUUUGCUGGCCGUUCCGAUCCUGCUAUUGUCGACCAGUCACCGCCUAUGACGAUGAUGGGCCGCAGCGCAUCGGCUGACAUCUACCACCCGCUGAACGGCGGUGGCGACUCUUCGGCCAUUUCGGACGACGGAGGCAACCUCAACGACAUGUACUCGAAGCACUCGAUCAACCUCCCGCUGCACCCGCAUUCGCCCGGCCAGUAUACGGACAACCAAGCCGAGCUGGAUAUGAGCCAGCUUGUGCAAUUUGACCCAGUCGACGCCGCAAGUCUGUCUCCCGAGAGCCUGCCUCCUCAUUCGGCAGCAGCAUGA